ACCCAAUGUUCCCACGGUUUGUCAAAAUGGUGGAGGUUACUGAUAAAUCUCUAAUGUCUUUAAUAAAACAGAAAUGUGACCUGGCUUUACCUUAUGCUGGGGCUUUCCUUAAAAAGAAUGACAAUAAUGAAGCUGAUGUUAUCACUAAUCUUGAUGAUAUAUACAAUAUUGGUACGUUUGUACAGAUCACUGAGUUUCAAGAGUUCAAUAAUAGAAUGAGAUUAAUAAUACAAGGACACAGACGGUGAGUGAAACUA